AAUGCCAGCAAGGGACAGAGAAAGAAAAUGGGUGGGGACACAAAGUCCAACAGAAAAUUGAGUGAUAAAAGUAAAACCCACAUGGUUAGUCACCCCUAUCUGAAGCCCAAAACCCUAACUUCCUCCUCAACGGUUCUGCCGCAGUGCCGCCGCUUCCGUGGCUUUCUCCUUCCCCCUUUCCGAACCCAACCCCUCUCUUGUUGGCUGUAGCUCGGCAGGUCGUCCCCAGCGUCCCUGACUUCUCUGUUCGAGGCUUGGAGCAGCUCGCCGUCGUGUCGCCACUCGCCGUCCGUCUCUCCGUCGAAGACGUGGGACCUAUUCAACCAAUAAUUUAUCGGUUGAAUUAGUGAACUAGUUCUGAACGGUUCGAUCACUGGUUCGGUUCUGACAAUUCACCCGGUUGUAAGUUUCCCCUUUUAUACCCAUUUGCAACAUUUAAUGCUAAUAAUUACUUUCACUUGUUGUCUAUCCUUCUUCUUUAUCAGAGUACAGUUCCUGUCAACUGUAGCUGCUUUACAUAAGCACAAAUAUUGUUUAUCAAUCAUUGGAACCUGAAAAUGUCACUUCUUAUCCCCUCGUCCUCUGUGGUCCCUUUACAAUUUUCUCAAUGGAAGACUUGUAAUGUAAACUCCCAGCAUAAAAUUGCAUAUGUUUACUUCACCCCUUUUUGGAAUAAACUGGUUUCAAAUAGUAAAACCAGACAUUUAUAUACAAACUGUAGAAUUGAACCAAAUGUGCUGCAUAAGUAUACUGCUAAGUGCAAGGGACUUGAUGAUUUUGAGUCAUUUAUUGAUGAGUCCAUGGAUUGGGAUGAUGACGAUGAAGUUGAAUCUACUGGGUCACCAUGGGAAGGUGCUGUUAUAUAUAAGAGAAACGCAUCAAUUUCACAUGUGGAGUACUGCACUACCUUGGAGAGUUUAGGUCUAGCAAAUCUUUCCACAGAUUUAUCGAAAAAUAGGGCUUCUGUCAUGGGAUUGCGGGUCACAAAAGCCGUGAAGGACUAUCCUAAUGGAACUCCUGUUCAGAUCUCAAUAGAUGUGAUUAGGAAGAAGAAAAAAUUGAGGCUUGAUGGGAUCAUAAAAACUGUCAUUGGUCUUCUUUGCAGUAGGUGUGGCAUGCCAUCUGCUGAGUGUAUAUUCUCCGAGUUCUCUCUUUUACUCACUGAAGAACCCAUUGAAGAACCAGAGACUAUUGAUCUGGGUGUUAUUUAUGGGGAAGACAUAUAUACAGCCUUUGGAAACAGUGGUGAGGAUGUCGAUGAGGACAAUGAUGCCCUAAUCGAUUUGGACGAUAGGCUGCAUUUUCCCCUGGAAGACAAAGAAAUCGACAUUUCAAAGAACAUAAGAGACAUGGUGCAUCUUGAGAUUACCAUGAAUUCAGUUUGUGAUCCUGGGUGCAAAGGCAUUUGCAUGAAAUGUGGCCAAAACUUAAACACCGACGAUUGUAAUUGUAACCAGGAGGAAGUGAAAGAUAAACAAGGCUUUGGCCCUCUUGGAAAUUUAAAAGAGCAGAUGCAGUUGUAACAUAUAUACAGGUUCAUUAGGCUGGACCAUGUACUAAUAUUUUUCAAAUAGAUAUUAAUGUGCUAGUCGGUACAGUGGUACACAACGAUAAAAGAGUAAUGAAUUUAAUUCUUAUACAGGCCAAAACUAAUUCUCACACAAUAUUCGACAUUAUUCUAAGCAUUUUUCUUU